GAAUUUUAUGAAUGCAUGGACGGUAAUUCCAUCUUCGCUAAUGAAAAAUGCGAUGCAAAAAGAGACUGUCCCGAUGGUAGUGAUGAGAAAUUUGUUGAAUGUUACAACCAAACUUGUCCCGAGGAGCAGUGUUCUUAUGGUGGAUGCUUUAAGAAAUCACAACUUUGCGAUGGUAAUGUAGAUUGCUGGGAUGGAACCGAUGAACAUGAGAGAAAAUGCAGCCCAGAAUGGCGGAAUUACAAGCCUGAUAAUACCGGAUGCAAGGGUCAUGAAUUCAAGUGUGCAGAUAACCAAGAAUGUAUUAGUCCAAGUUUCGUUUGUGAUGGCAUUAAGGACUGUCAGGAUGGAAGCGAUGAGACCCUUCACAUGUGCAUUAUUUCUAUGUGCCCCAAAAAUACUUUUCGUUGUAAAUAUGGAGGUUGUCUGCCUAUCGAAAAGGCUUGUGAUACUUAUAUUGAUUGUUAUGAUGGCUCUGAUGAGAUUUAUGACAUAUGCACUAAAAAUAAUAAAUACUAUAAAACAAAGCCCUCAUCCUUAGAGAAGGCCUCUGGAAGAGCCACUCCGAUUCAGUAUACCCCAGGAAUUCCUCCACCUCCAAUGAAAAAUGGAUGCAAUAUACCUAUGUCUUUAACAAAUCUUGCAGUGAGAACGCUUUUCAAUGUUCUGCCUUAUGAGAUGGGUGCAGAAAUACCCAGCACAGUGGUAGUGCGUCUUAUCUGUGAAAAUAACACUGUAAGCAUUGGAAGUGACUUGAAUCAAUGCCUUGAUGGUAAAUGGCAGGAAACUUGGCCCGAGUGUCGUCCCAGUUGUUCUCGAACGAAAUUCGGCAACGAUCUAUCCAUCCAGGCCACCUGUGACUAUAACGGCCAAAUAGGGAAUUGCCGCGACAUGGAUAUGCAAUUGUUACCCAACACUUAUGCUACAAUAACCUGUUCCCCAGGCUUCAAGAGCAAUAUAGAAAAUUUGAAGGAAAUCGCGAUUUGUCAGAGGAACGGCGAGAGCGCGACUUGGAAGAGCCAAAGACAACUUAAAUGUGUACCCGACUGUGGCAAGAUUCCGCAAACUGUUAAGGAAGAGCCCUGGACCGUGAGUGUUUUCGAAAGGCACUCGACCAAACACCAAUUCAAGCAUAAAUGCUUUGGACUUAUUGUAAGUCCACGGAUGGUAUUUAUCCGAUUUCAAAAUGGCUUUAAAACGGACAAUGUGGAAAAAUUCGUCAUUGCUGAAGGAAACCAAACCAAAGCAUUCGAUCCAGACCAUGAGCAUUCCUAUAAUCUGCACAAAGUCGAAUCCAUUUCUAAAAGUGGAGAUUUUACUCUUUUGAAGCUUCAGGACCCAUUUAUUUUAUCGCCAUCGGUGCGACCAAUUUGCUUGCCUCCCUUUCAAGGAGAAUAUAUUAAUGCCUCUGAAUAUACUGUUUAUACGUCAAACAAAAUCCACUAUCUUAACCAAUUUCCACGCGAAUUUAAGCUUCUUAUAAAAAAUGAUGAAAAGCAAAAUUAAAUAAAGAU